GCUGAGGGGGGUGGAGGACACUGAAUGGAGGCCAGUGGAGGGAUUGGCAGAGGGGGGUGGAGGACACUGAAUGGAGGCCAGUGGAGGGAUUGGCAGAGAGGGGUGGAGGACACUGAGUGGAGGCCAGUGGAGGGAUUGGCAGAGAGGGGUGGAGGACACUGAGUGGAGGCCAGUGGAGGGAUUGGCAGAGGGGGGGGUGGAGGACACUGAGUGGAGGCCAGUGGAGGGAAUGGCAGGGGGGGUGGCAGAUACGGAGCGGUUGGUGAGUUCAGGAUAGACUGAAGCGGGGAUAGUCUGCGAUGAGGGAGGCCGGUGAGGAGGGAGUUGCAGUAGUCCAGGCGUGAGAUGAUGAGGGAGGCGAUUGGACAUGGGGUUGGAAGGAUAGAUUGGAGUCUAGAGUG